CUGCCAGUUCUCUCUCGGCUGUCGCGCGGUAACGUUGUGUAGUUUUCGUCUCGGUCUCGCGUCACUUUCGUGAAGUUUUUUUUCCUUCUGUAUCAUCGUUCUUUUGGAGGCCACCGAUCUACGAUGAAUUUCUAUCUAUUACUUUGUGAAUCGCGAGUGAUCGAGUGAUAGAAAAAUAUCGUGUGAGAAAAGUAAGAAAAGAAAGAAGAAAGAAAAAAGAGAUAGAGAUAGAGAGAAAGAGAGAGAGAGAGAGAGAGAGAGCGAGCGAGCGAGCGAGCGAGCGAGCGAGUAAGCGAGAGUACAUAGAGACAUACACGUACACGCAUAUACAUAGACGCAGAAGAAGAGCGUCGUGGCAGCUUCCGCAUCGCGAAGGAGAACUCGGGACCCACAUCGGCUAGUAUUCUUUGCCAACCCAUCUCACGAAGCUUCUUUAACGUUCUCCGUCCUUCGAGCUUUACCAUCGAUUCAUUGUUUUCGUCCGCCGUUGGAUCUUCGCACGUUCUUUUUCGAAGAGCGUUUCUAAGAGAAAAGAAUUUCAAAGAAACAAACAAGCAAAAAAAAACGAACGAACAUCGAAGGAAGAUCAACGAGAAGAAGGGGAUGAUCGUGAGCAAUGGAUCAAAGGGUGGAUCAUCUAUUGUCAUCAUGGAAAAUCGCAGGAUCCUAGUGAGAAAAAUCGAUGAAGAGUAGUAUAAUAAAUAAUACUACAUAACACGUGUAAUCUUUUCUUCGUUGUAGUGUCGGAAAAGUUUCGUUCUUUAUCAUAUUUCAAAUCUAAAUUUGUCGCGUGGAAUUGAUCGAUCGUUGUUGUGCGUAAAAAAAUUUCGUUGACGCGUAAAACCGUGACGACGAGAACGACAACAACGAACGUACGUGCGUGCGUACGUACGUUUGUUGGAGGAAAAGUGUGAUAAAGAAAAUAGAAAAAGAAAAACGAAACGAAAACAAAAAAACAAACAAAUAGAGAAAGAGGAGAGAAAAUAAAGGAAAGAUUAGUAAAAGUGAAAAUACAUAUGCGUUUUACGUAGAUGUCGUCGUCAACUCAUGUUAAAUAACGUGACCAUCAAACGAUUUUCGUGGAUAACUACUUAAGAGGAGUGUGUCAUAUGGCCCUGGAAUAUGGUAUUACUACCUACAAUAUGCACCACACGAAUCAAUUAGAAGACGUGGGCUAUAGGAGUAUCGAGAUCACGUCGGCUUUCACGCAUCUACCUCAAAAGGAGAUGGCCAGGGACACCCCGGGCUCGCCUAUGUCACGCCCGCGGGAUUUGGGUAGCGGAGGAGGCGGUGGCGGUGGUGGCGGUGGCGGAGGAGGCGGUGGUGGCGGCGGAGGAGGGGGAGGAGGGGGCGGGGGUGGAGGUGCUGCAACGGCCACCUUAACUUCCGGCGCCUAUCAUGCUGCAGUUGCUACCACCGAUCCAACGACCCUGCAUGGCCACGCUUUGCAACAGAAAAUACUCGAGCUACAGCAGCACCAUCAGCUACAGCAACAAAUCCUGCGGCAGCAGUAUCAAGCACAGGAACGGCAAUUGGCCGAGAUGCACGAACAACAAAUGCAUCAGCUCAAGCUUUGGGAAAAGCAGAAACAAUUGGAGGAGCAAUUGAGAGAAAAGGAACGAUUAGAGGCACUCAGGAAGAAGGACAAGCACGACCAUAGCGCCAUCGCUUCGACGGAGGUCAAGCAACGUCUUCAGAGUUUCCUGGUGAAUAAAAAGCAAAGGGAGGCCGCUGCUGCGGCGAACGGGGCCGUCCCUGGUACGCCUGGAUAUAGAAGCUGGUUGCAGCCACAGUCCGAAACAACGAGCAACACAAAUUCCUCGCAUCCUUAUCGUAUGCCACAGAUGUUGCAGGAGAAGUUUGGCGAUGAUUUCCCACUGAGAAAGACAGCAUCGGAGCCGAACCUGAAGGUGCGACUAAAACAGCGCGUGGAGAGGAAUAUGGCGGCCUUGCGGCACUCGCCCCUGAUGGCACGAAGGAAGGAUCGUCUUCUGUCGCACCUCAAGCGGAAGUCGCUACUAGCAAAUGCUGGUAGCAAUCCAGAAUCGGGGCCUAACUCACCACCGACUGUUAAUAAUUCUCAGGCGAGUCCCACCGCAGGAAGCAACACAGCGAUACAAGAAGAAAGCGAAAGUACGAGUUAUGGUGGUCCGCUGACGAGUAGUAGUCAACAGGGAAGUCUCUCGGAUCUUUCGUUAUUUAGUUCACCGUCCAUGCCCAACAUCUCUUUGGGAAGACCUCAAAUUCCAUCCAGCUCAGCUCAGAGCGGAUCGAAAUUAGCACCAGUCUCUGAAGCUGAAGUUCGUGCUGCGUUCACGGCUCGUCUUGGUAUGCCAUUGACCGGUCAGAUGUUACCAGGCACUUUACCGUUCUAUCCAUCGCUAACGGUCAUCGAUGGAGAUCCUACGUACAUUCACAAACAAAUGCAAAAUUUGGAACAAGUGUCAGUAGGCAGCAGACAACAUCCGGUAUAUCAUACCGCACCGAUUACGGAUACACAAGUAGCACAUACAAGACUGCAGAAGGCUAGUCACCGGCCUUUAGGUAGUAGAACUCAAUCCGCGCCAUUACCUCUUGGUCAUCCGAUGUUGCAAAGUGGUAUGAUGGCACCACCUGCGCAUUACGAGGAAUAUCUGAUCGAGAAACAACACCAUGAUCAACAACAAGCGCACAAUUAUUUGAAACAACAAAUUCGUCAGACCGUCUUAACGCGAGUCAGUUCUCGAGGACAGACCAAUCAGUUGGACGAAGCGCCAGAAAGCGAGGAGUCCGAGGUGAUAGACCUUACGGGGAAAAAGGAUUUAUCGGAGGAAAGCGAGAUUUCGAAACAACAGAGGGAUCGUGAACAGUUUUUGCAACAACAGAGAGAUCUGAUGAUGAGACACACAUUACAGACGAACGAGUCGACGGCCUAUUCCGGCGGAAGGAGUUCACAAUCCGCCAGACCACUCUCAAGAGCGCUCUCUAGUCCGUUGGUACAUUUAGGACCUCAGGGUGGCGGUGGUGAUAUGUUUGCUCGGGGCUCACCUCAUCGAGCUAACACGGGAUUGGCAUACGAUCAAUUGAUGCUGAAACACGCCUGUGUUUGUGGUGAAACUGUAAGGGGCCAUCCCGAACACGGUGGUAGAUUACAGAGUGUCUGGGCUAGGCUAUCGGAGACAGGAUUGUCUCAACGUUGCAGUCGAGUUCGUUCUCGUCAGGCCACGCUUGAAGAAAUUCAAACGUGUCAUAGCGAGGCUCACACGCUUCUAUUCGGAACGAAUCCUUUGAAUCGUCAAAAGUUAGAUAUGUCAAAGCUUCCACAAUUGCCGAUCAUUGAGUUGCCUUGCGGAGGAGUAGGCGUUGAUUCCGAUACAACGUGGAACGAGUUAAACACGGCACCUGCCGCUCGAAUGGCCGUAGGUUGCGUCGUUGAUCUCGCUUUGAAAGCAGCGAUGGGUGACAUCAAGAAUGGCUUUGCAGUCGUUAGACCUCCGGGGCAUCAUGCGGAGAGCAAUCAAGCGAUGGGCUUCUGUUUCUUCAAUUCCGUGGCGAUCGCUGCUCGUCUGUUGCAACAAAAACUUGACAUCAGAAAAAUAUUGAUCCUUGAUUGGGAUGUUCAUCAUGGAAAUGGAACACAACAUAUGUUCUACGACGAUCCUAGAGUACUUUAUCUCUCCAUACACCGACACGACGAGGGUAACUUUUUCCCAGGUACGGGUGGACCAACAGAAUGUGGUACAGGCGAGGGUUUAGGAUACAACGUGAACGUUGCAUGGUCUGGUGGAUUAAAUCCACCAAUGGGAGACGCCGAAUAUUUGGCAGCCUUUCGAACGAUCGUGAUGCCGAUCGCCAAGGUUUUCGAUCCUGAAAUCGUUCUAGUUUCUGCGGGUUUUGAUGCUGCUGUUGGUCAUCCAGCACCUCUUGGUGGCUACAAGGUCAGCCCUGCGUGUUUCGGUAGGAUGACACAGCAGUUGCUAACUCUCGCAGGUGGUAAGGUCGUUCUAGCUUUGGAAGGUGGCUAUGACUUGGCAGCGAUCUGCGAUUCCGCUCAGGAGUGCGUGAGAGCUUUGCUAGGUGAUGAACCAACUCCAAUUCGAGAGGAUGAGCUCACGCGGGCUCCUUGCCAAAAUGCCAUUGAUACAUUACAAAAGACUAUCGCCAUUCAGAUGUCUCAUUGGCAAUGCGUUAAACUCUUCGCUCAUACCGUCGGUAUGAGCGCAAUUGAGGCAAGUCAGAAGGAACACGACGAAACUGAAACAGUAUCUGCGAUGGCUUCGCUUUCCAUGCAACAGCCAACGAAUCUUACAACUACGCCGGAUCAUUCCCGAGAAGUCUCUGAGGAACCGAUGGAGCAAGAUGAGGCAAAAUGAAGCGUAUUCGUUUAGAUGUUAGCGAUCAUCGAUCACGUUGAAAACGAGUUGAGAAACGUCGUGACCGGAGGUAGGAACCGGAAGCAUGGAAACGAGAAUGUCUCGUUUUCUCAAAGAUACAUGUAGAUCAUGGAUUCGGUAUGUUACAUUUGGAAAGAUAAUCCAUGAAGAGUCUACGUUGAUGAGAUCGUCGACGUGUCUUUUAUAAGUCGUCGACGACCCUUUGCUGGCGUUUUUUGAAAGACAACAAACCAUUGGAAAAAAUGUGAAAUUUUUGUCGAGUUAAUAUCGUCGUUCAUGAACGAGUUGUGUAAUGCGAGUACUAUCCGUGUAAGAUUACUACGAGCAGAAGAGCCGUUAUUUGUCGCUUCUUAUUGGGUAAUCUAACUUUUUGUUUUUUUUCUCUCUCUCUGACAUUUUUCCUUUUCUUUUCUUUUUUUGUUUCAUUUUUCUUUUCUCAUUCUUUUUAUUUAAUUGUCCAUCGCAGAGUAUACGAUCCAUUUUCGUUGUAAAAAGUUGUAACUGUAUAGACACAGUUUUUUCAAAGGAAAAGGUUAAUGUACGGAAGAAAUAGUUGACGGUCCUCCGUUCACAUUGGAAGUCUGUUAUUGAGAACUUCUUACCAGUGUCUUACUAAUCAACAACGAAGGAUCCCAAGGUUUGAGAUAAGGAAGAAAUGAAUUGUCAACAGGCACAAACAUAAUUCUUUUAUUAACGAUAAUAUUAUAUAGAAUUAAUAAAAAAGAAUUGACUCUUAAAGACAAUUAAUUAUUUCGUGCUGGAUAUUUAAUGCAUCGAAACAACUUACUUCUUCUUUGUCUCUUCUUUUUUAUUUUUAUUUCUUUUCCAAUCCAAUUGCAAUUCUAUUAAAGAAUUGUGUUAUGUGUCGUUGACAGUGUUUGGAGUGUGCUUAUUAAGGAAAAAAGGUAUACAUAUAUAUUUCCGAUACAACGUUAUAUAUAUAUGUAUGUAUAUAUAUAUAUGUAUAUAUAUAUAUAUACACAUAUACAUAUACAUAUACAUACGUACACAUAAAAUACAAUCUUAUGCUUAUCGUACUUGCUUUUCAUAUACGUUAUGAAAUCGUAUUCUACAUCUUAUACGUAUAUAAAAUUUAAAGUAAGCGAGAGCGAGAAGGAGAGAAGGAGAGAGGGUGAGAGAGAGAGGGAGACGAGGAAAGAGGGAGAGGGAAAGAAGAAUGCAUAUAAGACUUCGCGAGCAGAUUAAAGAAUUGUCACAUUUCUACAGUGAAUUGUACAAUUAGUUCACAAUUAAUCUAUUGUUGGAUCUACUUUGUAUAUCAAAGAAAUUUUUGCCAUUAUUGGUGUAAAUAAUUUUGUUUUGUAUAUAAUGAUAUUUCAUUGUUACAUUUAAUGUACUUCGUAUUAACCCUUUGAUUGCAGCACAUUUUAACUGGAAAUUAUCUGCUGUGUGCUAUACAAUGACAUUUACAUAACGUGAUGCAAGUUGAAGAAUACAUUAUAGUCAUCAUUAUACCUUAAUCAUUCAUUAUUACUUAAUCGGUUGACACGCAACAUGUAAACUAUAUUCAUAUUCAAUUUUAUUAUCAAUUUAAGCAAACAAUGGAUGUUUUGUUUCCUACAAAAUUUAUUGGACAUACACUUGCGCCUUUCAUCAGUAAUCAACAACUUUUUGAAAACGUAUAUAUACGUCUUUUACAAUAAAAGGGAUUAAAGUAAGGUAAGAACAACGAAUCGUACGAUAAAUUUAAUUGAUCGUUGUACGAAUUUUUGAAGUUCUUAAUUAUAUAAUUCGUCUCAGGUUGCGAUAUAUAUAUAUAUAUAUAUAUAUAUAUAUAUAUAUAUAUAUAUAUAUAUAUAUAUAUAUAUAUAUCAUCGUUGUUUCUUAGCUCUCACUUUUAUCUUGCACGCGAAGUCUUUCACGCCAUUGGCUGGCUAGAUUGCAUUGAUAUAUCAGGAUUUGAUAAGUGUAUUAAAAAGACAGUAGAGUUAAAGAUACAUUGUUCGUCUUCUGCCAAAAGGAAACAAGAAAAAAGAAAGGAGAAAAAAAGAAAAGAAAAAGCAAAAAAAAAAAAGUAAUAAAAAUAAAAAUAUGGCAAAGAUACUACGUGCGUUGUGCUGGUCACUGGCGCUUUGUUUUCACCUACAUACAUAUAUGAUUUUAAUCUGUUAGAAAACAUUCUUAUUGUCGAAGAAAAAGCUGUCAUGGCACAGCCGGAAGUCCUCGUGAACGGUAGUGUAUCAUAAACAUAUGAAACACUAUAAAAGAUUUUUGUAUUAUUUAUGUAACACAACGGGCAAUUAAGAAUGGUAGUUAAUAAUCCUCUAUAAAUUAAUGUUACUUCGAGGUGAAACACUGUAUUUGUUAAAUGUUAUUGUUAUCUUUUUGUCACAAGUCACAAUCAAUGUUAAGUUCAUAUUGUAAAAGUUAAUAUUUCUUUAGUUUAAGUUUAGUAUAAUAUGUUUUAAGUUUCACGUUAGAUUAUUUUUUGUUUGACAACAAACAAAAAUUGAGUUAUAGAGGAUUAAUAAAGAAGUGCAUUUUUAGCGUGCUCGUUGGUAUAAGAUAUCUUCGUGUUUAUAUUUGAAAACAAUUAUGAUGAAGGUAGAGGAGAAUUUCGUUGGUGAAUUUUAUAAAAGUUCUUUCUUCUUUCAAAAUCAUAUACAUUUUGCACAGUCUGUGUAUUUAUACCCAUUACCAAUGUACGAUCGCGAAGGCUAUUAUUAUACGCUCAAACGUUUUUAACAAUUUCUGAUCAUCCGACAUCUCUCUUAUCAUUGGAAUGAUUAAAUUUUUCGCUUUAAGAUAAUAUUUGUAACGCGAUAGAAAUGACAACGGUAUUAUUAAUAAUUAUACAUGUGCGUGCUCGAUUAUAUCCCUUGGACGGUAUUACAAAACAAGUUCCGUGAGAUAUGAGAAUUUCUUGAGAUAUAAUUAAAAAAUUAAGUAACACUUUAUUGGAUAUAACGACACACGUUGCGCGUAUUUGUGUUAACGUUUCAUGUGUUUUAUUCUUGCCGUGUAAAAAUCGCCAUGGGAGACACUGCCAAAUUGAACCAUGGCAUAAUGUAAAACGUGUAACGAGUUUUCGUUUAUAUUUUUCGAGCAUGCAAAGAUGCACCGAUGUAUUAACUAUCCCGUAAUCCGUUGCAAUUUUAAUGACGUUAGAUAUUUAAAAAGAAAAAUAUUAUAUAUGUAUUAGAUUGUCCUUUGUAUUUUGUCUGUUGAAAAAACCUUUCACGAUGAUUUCAUUUCUUACUACGGACAAAGGCUGGUGUGAUUUUUGUGAUAUUUUGUAAAAAGGUUUAUUAACGUAUGGUUAAUGAAGGAUGUAACGUUGCCGAGGAAUGCGGGAGAGUUAGAGAGAAUGUUAGAAAGAAGAAUGUGUGAGAGUUAGUGAGAGCUAGUAGUGAGAGAGAAAAUGGCAGAGAGACAAGGAGGAUAGGAGAAAAAUAUACUUCAGAUACAAGCAUUUAUUUUUGUGUCAUGCAUUUUACGAAAGCAGAGAUGAAUUUAAGAACAUUUAUUGAUAUAAUAAAAAGAACGAAUUAGAAGAAUAUAUUGUAUAUGUAAAGUGUUUGGCAUACAAACGAAAUAAAAAAAUAUAUAUAUAUAUAUUAUAUAUGAAAUAUAUAUAUAUAUAUAUAUAAUAUAUAUAUGUACAUUAUAUAGCUGUAUAUCUCACGAUGAACAAAAAAAUGGAUAUAUCGUUUAUCGCAAGAAUCUCAAGUGUUUGUUAAAUGUUGUCCCUAGAUAUUUACACAAAUGAAAGAGAACAAGAGCAAUGUUGAAUUAUUGAAAAAUUCAUUUGCAGUGUAUUUUCAAUACGAGCCCAGCCUAUGUGUGUGUAUACAUCAUUUUACGAUAACAAUCUAACCAAUGAAAACUUCUAAUAAUUUUUGUAAGAAAAUCGGUUUUAAGUGUAUAUCAUUCGAACGGAUGAUAAAUUGAUUUUAUUGUAACAUUAUGGUAAAUAAUCUUAUAUAGACAAGUGUAUUUAACUAUCUAUAAUUUAAGAACGAGUCGAAUGAGCGACUUGUUGUGAUUGUUAAAGCAAUCAUAGCGGCGAUGCAGGUGCGAAACUCGAACUUUUUGUACAAUACAAAUUAAUAGCGACGGGAAAUUAAGUUUUCGUCGUAGGCCUACAGAAUAUGUACUUCACUUAUGGCCGGUGUUAAUGAUGCAAAGAUGUCCUGCGUCCUUCUUUUUUUUUCUUUUUCUUUUUUGUUUCUCUGUUCUUUUGGUUGAUCUUAUAUCGACACAUUUUUAAUCUAUUAUUUGAUAAAUUAUUCAUUACGACCAUUCAAAAUUCUGUGAAAGUUUUUGUUCGAUAGGGGAAGAAACCGAUAACAUUCCUGUAUCAUUUAUAACGGAGCGAUACAAAUUAGAUAUAAGUGAUAUUACGCUACAUUAAAUGCAGAAUAUAACAUGAAGAUAACCGUUAUAAGAAAAUAUUGUUACAUGGAUGCGAAUAUGAUGUCUUUAAAGCAUAAGUUUAAUGCAAUAGCUAUACAUUUUUUAUGUAUAUAAAUGUACUUCGUAAUAUAAUUUUAAAUAAAAAGUAUAGUCAUUGUGUUA